AUGGCGUCGCCUCACGUUCCCAAGGGCCAGGGCCUGCGCUUCCAGAAGCAGGGCAACGCCAGCUUCGCCAAGGCCACCGCUGCCAAGGAUGCCGCCGCUGCCAACACCCUCCUCGCACGUCGCAACGCCCUCUUCCAGGACUACGCCCGCAUGCACCAGAAGCCCGCCUGGUCACCCUCCAUCUCGGCCGCUUUCCGCUUCCUCAUCAUCAUCCGCGUCUCCUCCGCAAUGUACUCCGUCAUCAAGGACUGCGACGAGUCCUUCGGUUACUGGGAGCCCCUCCACCUCCUCGUCUUCAACCGUGGCAACGCAAAUGCAAACCUCCCUUUCCAGACCUGGGAGUACUCGCCCCAAUUCGCCAUCCGCUCGUGGGCUUUUGUCGCACAGUUUCUCCCUCUUGCCAAGCCCCUCGCUCACUUUGGCGUAGGAAAGCGCCAGGUCUUUUUCGCCGUCCGUCUGCUCCUCGCCUUUGUGUCCUCGUUCGUAGACGCCAGAUUCUACAAGGCCGUCGCAGACGUCUUUGGCGCACGAGUUGGAAGAUACUGCCUCGUGGCGCUUGCCGCAAGUGCAGGCAUGUACGAGGCAUCCGUCGCCCUGCUUCCCUCCACCUUCGUCAUGCACGCCACCACGCUCGCCUUCUCCGCUUGCCUCUACCCGGCUCGCCUGCCCUCCACAGAUGCCUCGGUCCUCAACACGCCCUCCCAGCGACCCUUCCGAUCCGAGCGCCUCAUCCUCGCCACCUCCUCCUUCGCUGCAGGCGCGCUUCUCGGCUGGCCAUUCGCCAUCGUCCUUGCCUUCCCCUUUGUGCUCGAACAGCUCUUCAUGCGCGCCGACGACACCGUCGCCACCGGCAAGUACUCGCACUGGAUCGUGGCCCGCUGGUCCACCGCCAUCGGCGCGGCUGUUCUUGCCGCCCUAGUUGCGCUUCCUGCCUUCGCUAUCGACUCUCUCGCCUACGGCAGGCUGUCUCUUGUGCCGCUCAACACCAUCCUCUACAACCUCUUCUCGCGCACCCGCGGCGCAGGACCCGAGCUCUACGGCACCGAACCGCCCACCUUUUACCUCAACAACCUCGUGCUCAACUUCAACGUGUUUGCACCCCUCGCGCUUCUCUCGCUCCCGCUGCUGCUCGUCACCGCGCGUGUGGACCCCAAGCGCUUCCGACGUCCCGCAGAGGACACCUCCUCCAAAAAGGGAAACGUGGCAGUCGAGCAGCCCUCGAGCCUCUUUUCGCUCGCCCUGCUGCGCAUCGCUCCGUUCUACGUCUGGCUCCUGCUGCUCAGCCUUCAGGCACACAAGGAGGAGCGAUUCAUGUACCCAGCCUACACGCUGCUCUGUCUCAACGCUGCCGUCUCGCUCUACCUCAUCCGUACGCUGGCUGAGCUUGCUUUCGUGCAAGUCACCAAGUCGCCCUACCGUGCUUCCAAGUCGAGCCUCUUCACCACCAUCACCUCGACUCUCCUCGCCGCAGGCAUCCUGCUCGGCGUACUGCGCUCCGUCGGCCAGCUCAACCACUACCACGCGCCCUUUGAUGUGCUCUUCCACUUUGAAGGCUACGAGCUCCCGCGCCUCGUGGCCGACAAGUUCCCCGACACGCUCAGCCCGGCGAUUCAGCAGCGCAUCGCACGCGGUCUCCCCGCAGUAGCCACGUCCGAGGAGAAGGAGUACAACGACCGCGGCUAUGGCGCCGAGAACAAGGGCGUCAGCGUCGACCUCUCGAUCGACCUCUCUCCGCUGGCGACCCUGCAGCAGCCGGUGCGUCUGUGCUACGGUAAAGAGUGGCAUCGCUUCCCGACGCACUUCCUCGUACCCGCUGGGGUCGAGGUCGAGUGGGUACGUAGCGAGUUCCGCGGUAUCCUGCCCAAGCACUUUGCCCAUGCCUCGCCCUCGCCCGCGACCGAUGCCCUGACGCGCGUGCUGGAUGCGUCGCUCGGCUGGGCUUGGCCUUGGUCUUCGACCACGCGCCGCAUUCAAUCCGGCUUCAACGACAUGAACAAGCAGGAGCUUGACCGCUACGUCGACGUCGACUCGUGCGACUACCUCGUCGACCUCGACCUUCCCCACCGCAGCCUUACUGGCGAUGAAUCCGAGCUCGAGCCUCGAUACGCCGUCCAGGCCGACUGGGACCGCGUCUUCUGCACACCUUUCUUGGACGCAGAGUUCAGCCGCCCUGCUGCUGACCCACGCGAUGCGGCGCUCAAGCGGGCCGCACUCAAGGCGGCAGCGGCGUUCCAUCGCGCCUUUUGGCUGCCAAAAGCUUGGCCGGGAAGCGCCAACGUGUACGGAGACUACUGUCUACUCCGCAAUCGUAGCAGCCGCUUCGCUCCCGCCACCACCACUACCACCAACAACGAGCAGGCAUAA